AUGCACCUGUACAAACGAGCGGUGUAUGCGUGGAACGCUGUAGAUGUGGAGAUUAACGGACAACUGCAGCACGGCUACGUCAUCGGCUUGAAAGAAUACGACAACGAUCCCCCGUACCUGAUGAUCGAUUUCAGAUGGCCAGUCCAGCAGGUGGUUCUGGUUCCCUACGGGAGGAUCUGGAGCUGCUCCACCACUCAGUCGAGUAGCCCCGGCACGGGAGCCGAUGUGGAGGUGCUGCUGCGUGACGGCCAGAACAACCUGUGGAAAUGGUACCCCGGGAGAAUGCUGAUUCCGUGCUUCCAAGAGCUGGAUAAGGUGGCGUUGGUGGAGGUGAUGAUAGGCGGGCAGUGUCGUCGCAAACUAAUUCCCGGCCAACAAAUUCGGGUUUGUUCGGGAGACGGUAUCAAGCCAGGACUUCUUUCAGCGGGACAUUUCAUCAAGCAGAUGUGCAGUGUACCGAAUGGCUACUGGAUUAUGAAACCGUCCUGGUCGGCAUGGCUGCUACGACGAGUUGAGCGAGAGCACAAUCUGCGAUUUUUUAAAAUUCUCGGCCGGAUGAUGCACUAUGUUCGGGGUAGCCAGGGGCCGUCUUUGACGGAUGAACAUCUGGCGGUUGUGUUCGAAAGAGAGAGAAAGUCUAGAACAGCCCGUUCCUACCUUUUGCGUUCUGCCGACAACGGCGAGCUGGAUGGCGAACCCAAGCCACAGGAAUCGUCGAGUGUCGGUGAAGGUGCUUUGGCACUGCCUUUGCCCGUGUUGAAGAAGAUCUUCUACUCACUGGACACCGUUGAGCGACAGGGCUGCCGACGCACCUGUCAACUGUGGGAGCCAUUCUCACCUCGGCGGAGUUAUGCAGCGAGGUUCGUGUGUCGCGACCAGAUCCUACCUCUCCCUGUCCAGGAACGCGGGAUCGUAUUUACGCCACGUAUGCCUGCAUCUUCAAGCACAUCACGUCCGCCAUCCGCACCGUCGGUAUACGUUACGCGGACACGUCCUACUUUGAUCGCCCCGCCGCGGAAUGUGCCGAUGAAACGCUGGAUAUAA